AUGGAUGCUGAGUUUUCCAAACGAGUGUAUCAGGGGGUUAGGGUCAAGCACACUGUCAAAGACCUGCUGGCAGAGAAGAGGUCACGGGAAACCACUGGACCACGCUUUACUGGGGUGUCACCUCAGAGCUCAUUUGUCCAAAUGUCAGGAUCUCAUACACUGCAAGGAUACUACAGCAUGAGAAGACCCUUUUUUUCUGAAGCAGAGCUUUGCCCAGCGAGCAAACAAUUCUCUGCUGACAUCUACUCCUCAGGACUGACAGGGAAGUCCAUCUCAUGUGACACUACAUCCAUGUCCGGCUACACAUCCCUUAUAGACAGUUACUACCCAGAAACAUUUAAUGAAUAUCGUACUGCUGCCCAUGCUGCAGGAGCAGGAACCAUCUUUUCACCAUCUGCGUUGUCCACGUUUCUGCCACCUUUUACUGGAGACGCCUCCCAUUUUGUUCUGAGGGAUUCGUGGGAGCAAGCCGGGAUGGAGGCAGCCGAGGGCUUGUGCGGGAACGGUCUGGCUACCACACCUGCAGAGCCAUCCAGCCCUAGCCAGUACCGUUCGACCUCCAGGAGUGCAGGCAUUUCCUCCUCACAGUUCUAUUCCCUGCACACCCUGGAUGAGGUACCGUAUCCCACACCCUUCCAGUUCGCUUCUGGCUUCCCGUGCCCUACAUACAGUGAAGCUGCAGCCAAACUCUCUGGCCUGCCCAUAGAGGACCAUGAGAACGCACAGUCUGCCCUGAACGACACACUGCCAUGGGCCAAAGAGGAUCCCGCCGGUGCCUGGUCACACUGUGAAAUCAGGAGGACUUUCUGA